AUGGAUGCAUUCAGAGCACUUGAAAAUGAGUCACUGCUGGCCAGUUCCUCUGGCCCUGCCAGGUGGGAUCCCUUUCAUCGUCCCUCGGACUCCAUCCAGCCCUGGCACUUUAGGCUUCUGGCAGCAGUAAUGGUGGUGGUGACUUCCCUGUCACUUGCUGAGAACCUGGCUGUGAUCCUGGUAACUUUUAAAUUCAAGCAAUUGAGACAACCUGUCAAUUAUGUUAUAGUCAAUUUAUCUGUGGCUGAUUUCCUGGUCUCACUGACUGGUGGCACCAUCAGCUGUUUAACAAAUCUAAAAGGUUAUUUUUAUAUGGGAUACUGGGCUUGCGUACUGGAAGGAUUUGCUGUCACAUUUUUUGGUAUUGUUGCUUUGUGGUCUCUUGCUCUGUUGGCUUUUGAGCGCUACAUUGUGAUCUGCCGCCCAUUGGGAAAUACGCAAUUGAGGAGAAAGCACGCAGCCCUAGGUAUUGCCUUUGUGUGGACCUUUUCCUUCAUUUGGACCAUCCCACCAACAAUGGGUUGGGGCAAUUACACUACCAGUAAGAUUGGAACAACUUGUGAGCCUAACUGGUACUCAAGAGCUUAUGCUGACCAUACGUACAUUAUUGCAUUCUUCACCACCUGUUUUAUAGUGCCUUUGUUGGUGAUUUUGGUGUCCUAUGGAAAACUGAUGCAGAAACUAAGAAAGGUGUCAGAUGCACAAGACAGACUGGGAGCUACAAGGAAGCCUGAAAGACAAGUGACUGGAAUGGUGGUUGUUAUGAUCGUUGCCUUUCUAAUCUGCUGGAUGCCAUAUGCCACCUUUUCUAUCCUAGUCACUGCAUAUCCUUCUAUUGAGAUGGAUCCCUGUCUGGCAGCAAUUCCAGCUUUCUUUUCCAAAACAGCUACUGUUUAUAAUCCAAUUAUUUAUGUCUUUAUGAACAAACAGUUCAGAAAGUGUCUGAUUCAAAUGUUCAGCUGCAGUGCCAUACAAGCAACAGAGUUCAAUGUGAACCCGACUUCUGAGAGAGCAAGGCUGGAGGACAAAAGAGGCAGUGAGAUGUCCAUCAUAGCAGUACUUAGCACCACUUCUAAAAGGAAGACUGGAGAUGAACACAAAAAUUGUUAUUCUUUUGCUCAGUUGCCAGCUUCAGAGAAGAAAAUCUGUCCUGUGUAA